UCAGCACAAAUUGAUUUGCAUACGUACAUGAGGCUCACGAGCUCGACGUGUUGCGAAGAUGGCCAAUAUUUUGCUUGAUUUGUACAGGAACGCCACCUUUGUCAACGUUAGUCUUGGUUUUGUCGCAUACCUUAUAGCGCGCGCGCUGUAUCAGGUCGUGUAUUACCGUUUUUUCCAUCCUUUGUCGAAAUUCCCCGGACCGUUUUGGGGCAGUGUGACGAGACUAUGGAUUGCCUAUCACAACAUCAAGGAGGACGAGCCGUACGUUGAACACGAGCUACACAAGAAAUAUGGACCUAUCAUUCGAAUUACUCCCACCUUGCUGCUGGUCAGCUCUGCGCCCGCCCUGCCGACAAUUUAUCACAGACAAGCCGAUAAGACAAAGCAUUACAUCAGUGGCAGUUUUGGAGAAACUGAAUCCGUGUUCAACAUGCAGAGCUGGAAGACGCAUGCGAAGUUCAGAAAGUUAAUUGCUGGCCCGUAUAGUUUCAGCAGCAUCAAAAAGAUGGAGCCGCUGAUUGACAUGAGAAUUGAAGACUGGACUCACAAGCUGAAUGACUUCGCGAAAACGGGCGAGAAAUUCGAUUUCUCUGCAUGGGCGGUUUAUAUGGCGUACGACAUUAUCUCUGAGAUUGGAUUCGGAGCUCCUUUUGGUUUUAUCGAGAGAGGAGAAGACGUUGGAGGCCUUAUCAAAGGCUUCCACGAUGGUCUCCCAGCCUUUGGGCUGAUGUGCCGUUUGCAUCCAUUCACCUCCUGGAUUAAGUCAACUUUCAUGAACAAGUACCUGGUGGCAAGCCCAGAGCAGGAAUCUGGUAUCGGAUCGUUGAUGCGAUUCCGUGACAAGCUUCUUAACCAGCGCGUGAAAGACAUGGAAAAGGGAACCACGGGCGGGAGAAUCGACCUUUUACAAACUAUGCUCGAUGCGCGCGAUGAUGAAGGAAAACCCCUCAAUGUCGAGUAUGUUAAAGCAGAAGUUUUGCUUGUUCUCCUCGCCGGCGCAGACACCACUGGCACUGCCUUCCAAGCCAUGAUUCACUACAUUACAGCAAACGAGGACGUCUACGAGAAACUGAUGGACGAGCUUGAUAAUGCUACUCGGGCGGGACAUCUAUCAACCUACCCGCAGUAUGCCGAGGUCCUUGAGCACUGCCCAUACUACACUGCAUGCGUCAAGGAAACCAUGCGGCUGUGCCCGUCCGCGCCGAACAUCUUCCCCCGAAUGUCACCUAAGGGCGGCUACGAAAUCGAAGGUCAAUUCAUUCCUGGGGAGGUCGAGGUUACGUGCAACCCCUGGCUGGUGCAUCGGGAUAACAAGAUUUACGGAGAGGAUGCAAUGGAGUUCAAGCCGGAGCGAUGGCUCGAUGCGGAAAAUGCAAAGGUGUUUGACAAGUACAGCAUGGUGUUUGGGUACGGGCCCAGAUCAUGUCUGGGGAAGGAUAUUGCGCUCAUGGAGCUUUACAAGGCACCGUUGCAGUUCUUCCGCAAAUUUCGACUAGAGUUGCAGCCGCAAGGAGGCAAGGGUGCACAGUUCGUCAUCAAGGGCGGGGUUGGCUAUUGGCAGGAUAUGUGGAUGCAGAUCUCAAAACGUGCUGCGCCGGUAUAAUAUCGGGACAUGUUCUAGAAUUACGCACCGGGAUGAUGACUGCUUACGACCGCUACCCUUACAUAAAUUGCAAACAGCUUCAGAGUGUCGUGUUUUACGUCGUACUAUAAGCAUG